AUGGACUGUAGAAAAGUCAGCAUCGACAACUCUUGUGAACAUUCUAGAAGUAUGGACUGUAGAAAAGUCAGCAUCGACAACUCUUGUGAACAUUCUAGAAGUAUGGACUGUAGAAAAAUUAGCAUCGACAACUCUUGUGAACAUUCUAGAAGUAUGGACUGUAGAAAAGUCAGCAUCGACAACUCUUGUGAACAUUCUAGAAGUAUGGACUGUAGAAAAGUCAGCAUCGACAACUCUUGUGAACAUUCUAGAAGUAUGGACUGUAGAAAUGUCAGCAUCAACAACUCUUGUGAACAUUCUCGAAGUAUGGACUGUAGAAAAGUCAGCAUCGACAACUCUUGUGAACAUUCUAGAAGUAUGGACUGUAGAAAAGUCAGCAUCAACAACUCUUGUGAACAUUCUCGAAGUAUGGACUGUAGAAAUGUCAGCAUCAACAACUCUUGUGAACAUUCUCGAAGUAUGGACUGUAGAAAAGUCAGCAUCGACAACUCUUGUGAACAUUCUAGAAGUAUGGACUGUAGAAAAGUCAGCAUCGACAACUCUUGUGAACAUUCUAGAAGUAUGGACUGUAGAAAAGUCAGCAUCGACAACUCUUGUGAACAUUCUCGAAGUAUGGACUGUAGAAAAGUCAGCAUCGACAACUCUUGUGAACAUUCUAGAAGUAUGGACUGUAGAAAAGUCAGCAUCGACAACUCUUGUGAACAUUCUAGAAGUAUGGACUUAGAAAAGUCAGCAUCGACAACUCUUGUGAACAUUCUAGAAGUAUGGACUGUAGAAAAGUCAGCAUCGACAACUCUUGUGAACAUUCUCGAAGUAUGGACUGUAGAAAAGUCAGCAUCGACAACUCUUGUGAACAUUCUCGAAGUAUGGACUUAG